AUGUCUACAUCCACAACAACCUCAACAGCAUCUGUAACAGCUAUUGGUAUUGAUCUUGGUACCACCUACUCAUGUGUUGGUGUGUAUCAAGGUGAUGGAGUUGAAAUUAUUCCAAACGAGCAAGGCAAUAGAACCACUCCAUCCUAUGUGGCCUUCACAGAUGAAGAACGUUUAAUUGGUGACUCAGCCAAAAAUCAAGUGGCCAUGAAUCCUCACAACACUGUAUUCGAUGCAAAACGACUCAUUGGUCGAAGUAUGGAUGAUCCUGCUGUUCAGCAAGAUUUAGAACAUUGGCCAUUCAAAGUAGUGUCAAAAGGUAAAGACAACAAACCUCAUGUUCAGGUUGCUUUCAAAGGAGAAAGUCAAGUCUUCUCACCUGAGCAAAUUUCAAGCAUGGUGUUGUCUCGUCUUCGUUCCAAUGCUGAGAGUUAUUUGGGAAAAACCAUCACCAAGGCAGUCAUUACUGUUCCUGCCUAUUUCAAUGACGCACAGAGACAAGCUACAAAAGAUGCAGGUACUAUUGCAGGUUUGGAAGUAUUGAGAAUAUUGAAUGAACCAACUGCUGCUGCCCUAGCGUAUGGAUUGAACAAGAAGGGAGAGCGCAAUGUGCUCAUUUUCGAUUUGGGUGGUGGGACUUUUGAUGUCUCUAUUUUAAAUAUUGAUGAUGGUGUGUUCGACGUGAUGGCAACCUCUGGUGACACCCAUUUGGGAGGUGAAGAUUUCGACUCACGACUCGUGGACUAUUGUUGUGAACAGUUCAAGAGAAAGCACAAGAAAGAUAUCAAAGAAAAUCCAAGAUCAUUGAGAAGAUUGAGAACAGCAUGCGAGAGGGCAAAGAGAAUCCUAUCUGCCACUGAAAAUGCCAACGUCAAUGUCGACGCCAUCAUGGAAGGUAUUGACAUGGACAUGACCAUCACUCGUGCCAAGUUUGAGCAAUUGAACAUGGAUCUUUUUAGAAAGUGUUUUGACCCCUUAAAGAAAGUCAUUCAAGAUUCUGGUUUGGAUAAGUCAAAAAUUGAUGACAUUGUCUUGGUAGGAGGUUCCACUCGUAUUCCAAAAAUUCAAGAAAUGCUUAAAGAAUUCUUCAAUGGUAAGGAGUUAUGCAGAUCCAUUCAUCCAGACGAAGCAGUGGCUUAUGGUGCAGCCAUUCAGGCCGCCGCCAUUACUGGAAUGAACACGAAACACGUUUUGAUUGAUGUUGCUCCUCUUUCGCUCGGAAUUGAAACUGCUGGUGGGGUCAUGACUAAGAUUAUUGAGAGAAAUUCAAAAAUUCCAUGUCGAAAGAGUGAUACCUUUACCACCUAUGCUGACAAUCAAACAGCAGUCACCAUUAAGGUCUAUGAAGGAGAGAGAGCCAUGACCAGUGACAAUCAUAUGUUGGGUAUAUUCAACCUUGAGGGCAUUCCACCUGCACCUAGAGGCACUCCAAAGAUUGAAGUGAACUUUGAAGUGAACGCAGAUGGUAUCUUGACCGUUUCAGCUCGAGACACUGCACGUGGAGAAUCUAAAAGUAUCACCAUCAAUCAAGACAAGGGUCGUUUGAGUGCUGAAGAGAUUUUGGAAAAUAUUCGACUCUCAGAGGAAAUGAAGCAACAUGAUGAAAAGAUUAAGCAAAAGGUUGAGGCAAAGAAUCAACUAGAAAGCUACAUCUAUCAAUUGAGGUCGAGCAUACACGAUCCAAACAUUUCUGCCAAGAUGAGUAACACUGAGAAGGAAACCAUUAAAAAUUCAUGUCAGCUAGUGGAUGAAUGGAUGGAUGAGAAUUCAAAUGCCACAAAGGAAGAAUUGGAGGGGAAACGAAGGGAACUCGAGAGUACGUGUGCUCCAAUCGUUUCCAGAUUGUACCAACAACAACAACAACAACCACAAGGAACAAGUGGAGCCUCUGAUUUUUCACACAACCAUGCACCGACCAAUGGAAAACCCACCUUUGAUGACAUUGAUAUUGAUGAGUGA